GCGCAGACCGAGGCCGGGAGGCGGCUGGCGGCUGCGCGGUUGCGCGGGUGCGCGCAGGCGGCGGCGGCACAGUCCGCGCGGCGCCCCCGCUGCGGCCCCAGCGGCCUGGCUGCGGGAUCGGUGCGCAGCGAUGGCGCGGCCGCCCCGGCAGCUGCCGGGGGUCUGGACGCCGCUGCUCCUGAUGCUGCUGGCCGGGCCCGCCUCCUGCGCCGCCAGCCCCGCGGACGACGGUGCGGGCCCAGGGAGCCGGGGACCCCGGGGCCGCGCGCGGGGAGACGUGGGCGCCGACGAGACGGUGCCGCGCCACGACUCCUCCUACGGCACCUUCGCUGGGGAGUUCUACGACCUGCGCUACCUGUCAGAGGAGGGUUACCCUUUUCCUACUGCUCCUCCUGUGGACCCAUUUGCCAAAAUCAAAGUGGAUGACUGUGGAAAAACUAAGGGAUGCUUUAGGUAUGGCAAACCAGGCUGUAACGCAGAGACCUGUGACUACUUCCUCAGCUACCGGAUGAUCGGGGCUGAUGUGGAGUUUGAGCUGAGUGCAGACACAGAUGGCUGGGUAGCAGUUGGAUUCUCUUCAGACAAGAAGAUGGGUGGUGAUGAUGUCAUGGCCUGCGUCCAUGAUGACAACGGCAGAGUCCGCAUUCAGCACUUCUACAAUGUAGGCCAGUGGGCGAAGGAGAUCCAGAGAAAUCCUGCCCGGGAUGAAGAAGGUGUCUUUGAGAACAAUCGCGUCACCUGCAGAUUUAAACGUCCAGUGAAUGUUCCCAGAGAUGAGACGAUUGUUGACCUGCACUUGAGUUGGUAUUACUUGUUUGCCUGGGGUCCAGCCAUUCAGGGCUCCAUCACCCGCCAUGACAUAGACUCCCCACCAGCUUCAGAACGUGUUGUCAGCAUUUACAAGUAUGAAGACAUUUUUAUGCCAUCAGCUGCCUACCAGACCUUCUCCUCCCCGUUCUGCUUGCUUCUCAUUGUUGCCCUGACCUUCUACUUACUGAUGGGAACCCCUUAACCACAGCUGCAGCCAACAGAGCAAUGGAGCAACAAGAGCAAAUGGACUGCAGCGUCUUUGGUAGAAAUGUGUUCAUAAAGAAUACCCAAUAUAAUUUCAGCUUCUGUUCUUUAACCAACACCUGGAAUGAUUUCAGCUCUUUUGGAAGAAAGAAUAAGCUGCUUUUGGGGGCUGAAGAGGAUUGUUGAAUCAUGAUCCCAUACUUUUGAAAGCACUUAGAAGUUUUCUAAGCACUUUCAGAUGAUGGUUUCUUAUGUGAGCUUCACUGCUUUUCUGUGUUGGCUUGAUUAAAACGAUUACUGCCAUCUAACUGAAUGCAAUGUGGGACCCAGAGAGGCCUCUGUUUCCCAUGGCUUCCUGGUCACAAAACACACAGCAACAUAGAGAAAGAGCUGGGCUCAGAAAAGAUGUGUCUGAACAGUCCUUGCCUCUGAGUACUACAACUUGAGACAGUUACUUUGCCGCUG